AUGGCGAGCUACGACCCGUACGAGCGGGAAUACUCCCGCCGCUACGUGCGAGAGGAGCGUAGGGACGAACGCGACCCCCGCGACUCCCGUGAGUCUUACACCAAGGUGCACACCACCCGCGAGAUCGUUCCUCGGGCCCGCGAGGACAGCGAACUGUCAGUUGAGGAGGUCCAUCGGGAUUUCCCUCCUCCCGUCGGCCGUGAUCUCCGCCACGCCCGGCCCGCAGAGCCCCGCUACUAUGAGGAAGAGUACGAACAACGCCGCGGCUACGACUCCCGCUACGACCGUGAAUAUGAUCGGCGUUCCCGCCGAAGCCCCGGUAGCACAUACUACGACGACGAUGAGCGCAAGUCCAAGUCCAAGGGCAUGUCCAAGCAGGAAAAGAUUAUCGCCGCCGUUGCUGGAGCCGCCCUCCUUGCCGGAGGUAAGGAGCUUUUCGACCGCCACGAGGCCAAGGAGGAUGGCACCGAAGUUCAGCGCAACCCUCUCUCCUCUAUUGCUCUCGCUGGUGUUGGUGCGCUAGCCGCCUACCAAGGUGCCGAGUUCUACACCAAACAGCAGGCUAAGAAGGACCAGAAGGCCAACUACAUCCUGCACCGCGGCCGAGACGGCCAUAUCAACGAGUACUACUCAGACGAGGACGAAGGUCCCAAGGAGAGAAAGGGCCACAAGAACUUCCUCGAGAGUGCCCUGGCUGCAACCGGUCUGGGUGCUGCUGUCAAGACUCUCACCGGUGGUGGCGAUGACCACAGAUCCGACACCAGGAGCCGCCGAGGAGGCAGCCCUUCCAGUGACCGAUCCCGCUCCCAAGGCGGUAGCAACAAGAUCCAGAAGGCAGCCAUGGCCUCGCUCUUAGCUGGUGCCACCGAGGCUUUCCGCGUCUCCAAGGAGCCCGGCGGCUGGAAAGGUGAGAAGACGAAGCGAAUUCUGACUGCCGCUGCUGGUGCUGCCACCGUCGAUGCGGCUACUGACGACAAACACGGCAAGUUGGGUCUGGCCGAGUCGGUAAUUGGUGGUUUGGUCGGCAACCGUUUGAUCAACGGUUCCAAGAAUGAGAUCGAGGAAGACAAGUUGACGGGACGCAGUCGUUCCCGUUCGAGGGCUCGAUCCAAGUCUCAAGGCGGAGGCGGUAGCGGUAGCGGCGCCAUUGCUGCCCUAACCGGUGCUCUGGGUGUCCUUGGUGCUAAGAAGGCCAUGGAUCGCUCACGAUCCCGGAGCCGCAGCCGCCGUGGCCGUGACGACUCCUACAGUCCCUCUCCGGAGCGACGCCGUCGUCGAAGCCGUAGUCGAAGCCGCAGUGUUGUUGACAAGGCCCGCAACAGCCUUGCGAAGCUCGGCCUUGGCGCCGGUGCUGCGGGUGCUGCUGACGAGUAUCAUCGCCGCGACCAAGACGACUUUAGCGACCGUGGCUCACACCGGUCUCGCCGACAUGAGGACGACGCCCACGAUAGCGACCGCCGACAUGGCAGCGCCCGGGACUACUACGAUGAUGAACGGUCGUACCGUAGCAAGCACGGAAACCGUUCAGAUAGGAGGGGUGGACGGUCUGACUACGGAUCUGAAUCUGAUCUGGGGGACUCCUCAGAAGAUGAGAAGAGAGCGAAGAAAAUGAAAGGUAAGCAAAUUCUCACAACUGGCCUCGCGGCCGUAGCCACCAUCCACGCAGCACAUGAAGUCUAUCAGAGUAUGGAGAAGAGGAGCGCAAGGCAAAAGGCUGUCAAUGAGGGGCGUCUCAGCCCUGCUGAGGCCAGGAAGCUCAAAACCAAGGCCAUCAUGCAAGAUGCUGCAUCGGUUGGUAUUGCCGCUAUGGGAAUAAAGGGGGCUGUCUCAGAGCUCAAAGAGGCCAAGCACUUGACACACGAGUGCAAGGAAUUCCAAGCCGAGAAGGCCCGUCGACAUGAGAAGCGUGUGAAGAAGCGCCGGCACCAGUCUGUCGAUGGCACACGACGAGCGGACAGCUGGGGACCUUCAUCCCGGCCACGAGGCGGCGGAUAUGACUCGGAUAUCGAGUUGGACCCUCGCUACUCAAGGGGCAAUCCCUAUAGUGGCGGCCCUCUACCCGCCCCUCCUCUUGGAGGCGGGUGGUAG